AUGCACUCGGCAACGGCUUCUCCCUAUUCCGAGCCAACUCCGGCUGAAGCCGAGUGCCUCGAGCACUACGAAAACAACCUGCAGACGCAUAAAGAUGAGCGCGACUCAAUCCAGAAGAAGACGUUCACAAAAUGGGUGAAUAAACACUUAAACAAGGCCGACCACCGGGCGAUAGAUGAUCUUUUCGAGGGGCUGAGGGACGGGCUGAACCUCAUCUACCUACUUGAAGCGUUGACUGGACAUAGAAUUCCUCGCGAGAAGAGCGUGAAGACGCAAUUCCACCGAGUGCAAAACGUACAGAACUGUCUGACGUACCUGCGCGAGAGAUCAAUACGGCUCGUCAACAUCCGGGCCGAGGACAUCGAGGAGGGCAAUGGGAAGCUGACGCUCGGGUUGAUAUGGACGAUUAUUUUGAAUUUCCAGGUCUCCCAAGUCCACCGGCCAAAGCACGAGAACGGAAACGGAAACGCCGACACGCUUCAGACCUACGAAGCGGUGCACGGGAAUGCGACUGGGAAGACGGCCAGAGAGGCACUGUUGGAGUGGGCGCAAGAGGCAACGGAUGGCUACCCACAAGUCCGGGUUUCCAAUUUCGGAUCUUCUUGGAGAGACGGCCUCGCGUUCAACGCUAUUCUACAUCGAUACCGACCACAUCUGGUCCAGUGGAGCCACGUCAUCUCCUCCGGCCGCUCAAACUUGGAACGACUGGAGCAUGCCUUCGCCCUCGCGGAGCGGGAGUUUGGAGUCACUCGGCUUAUGGACCCUGAGGACUUCGAGUCAACGAACGUCGACGAAAAGUCGGUAAUCACCUACGUGUCGUCGCUGCACAACGCCCUCCCCCCGCUCCCCGAGCUGUCAAAGUUCUGGCACGAGUGCCUGCUGGCCUCCGUUCGUCUACAGCGCAUCGAGUCGGAGUACAUCCACGAGGCCCAGUCAUGGCUCACCUGGGUACACGAUACAACUGAAGCAGCCGACUGCCGCCUUUUUGUCGGAACUCCAGAAGGGCUAUGGGCUGAGGUUGAACAACUUCGAGCCGUUCAUCUACCCCAAAAAGCCGACGAGCUCGAGAAACUGGAGCACAUCUACGCCGGACUCCUCGAGCAGAUCGGAGCCGACAAAAUCGAGAUUGAGCACGAGCUCCAGGGACCCGCUCUCAGGGCCCAGUGGCUGGCGCUCAACGCUGCGAUUGACCGCCGACAGGCCCUGCUGGAUGAACGGGCUCAUGCACAGACGAACACCUCCGAUCUGCUGAGUCGGCUGAAGCGGGGCUGUGAAAUUGUCGGGGAAAAGUUGGAUAUUGUACUCGUCGACAUCGAGUCACUUGAGAAAGUGUUGGAAAGGUUGCCACCGAGUGAAUUGGAGCGUAAGAUAAACCAGCUCCUCGACGCACUCACGCAGCUCUCCGACCCGAUCGAACUGCUAGACAAAGAUGUGGAUGAGCUAGACGCGUUGCGACAUCCUGAUGCGGUGUUUUAUCGCAAGAAAGUCGUCGCCCUCGAACAACGACGCCAACAAUACAUCGAACGCCUCAAGUUCCGCAUCGCCGACAGACUUGCCGCCCGCACAGAAACCAUCCGCCUGGAGCAGAGCAGACGCACAGAAGCCGCCCGGGCUUCAUCUUUCUCGCGAGUUGAAGAGGCGAUCAGAUGGGUCCGAGAGUAUUCGGAUCGCAUCCAUCGCAUCCACUUUGUCGACGGGCUUGAACUGCUAGAAGAAGCGUUUGAUCAGCACAAGAUUGACAAUAGGGAUAUUCAAGACUAUCGGCAGUCGGUGGAUCAGUGUAUUGCAAGACAGAACGACGUCUCCGCCGAGGACACCCACACCUACUACAACCUCCUCCGAUCCCUCGAGAGCGAGUACCAACAGCUUCGCGACUAUUCUGCAGGCAGAAUGCUUGAUCUCGACUCCCUGAUCGCCUUCGUCCGCGCCGCCCAGAUCGAACUUUGCUGGCUAUCCGAACGCGAGGAGAUCGAGGUCACCCGUGAUUGGGGAGACGUCGAUCGGCUGGACCUGCCCGUGCUCCAGAAUCACAGCAAGAAGCUCAGGCAUGAGAUGGAGCUCAGGGAGAAGCAGUUCACGGAGGUGCACAAUAGGGGAGCCGCGCUGGUCAAUCAGGGACAUCCGGCGGUUGAAGUUAUUGAGGGUUACCUACGGACGAUGACGACGCAAUGGGAUUGGCUUCGCGGGUUGACGCAUGCGCUUGAUGUUCAUCUGAAGGAUGCAUUGGAUUAUAAGACGAUCCUCGAAGAAGCUAAGCUCACCGAACAACGCCUUGAUGAACAGCUUCAACAGCUCAGCUCCAGCUACUCGGCCACAGACUACGGCCCGGAAGAUGGGGAGCGCGAGCUGAACGAGUUGCAGAGAAUCAAGGACAUCCUCAACAAAUACAACAACACUGUGCAGCAGCUCGCCGAGCAGGCCAAGCACAUCUCGCCGCUUUGGCAGCGAAACGAGCGUAUCCAACGACCCCAGCCCGUUCAGGCCCUAAUCGAUUACGACACGAUAAGAUCGGGAGAUCAAGUUUCGCUUGUUGAUUCCGCGGACACGAUACGGUGGAUGGUACGCGAUGUAACGAGAAAGGAAGUGGCGGUCCCGUCUGUCGUUUUCCGUCUUCCACCCCCGGAUACGAAGCUGAACACCAGGAUCGCGAGGAUGAUCCAGAGAACAGAGGCACUGGGCCAGUUAUGGGCUCAGAAACACCGCCAUGUGCGAUAUCACAUGUUCACCAACACCAUGGCCACGAUACAGACCUGGGACAUCGAGCAAUUCGAAGGAUUUGAUGAGGAGAGGAGGGCACAGGUCAUCGGCGCCCUUGACGAUGACAUCCGCCGUCUCAUCGCUGAACUCGGGCCAAACGACCCUCUGACCCUCAAACUCCGCGCCGAACUCCGCGCCACCAAAGACGCCUUCCGCCAGCUCGAACACCGCGCCCAGCGCACCCCAGAGCCCGACUUCAGCGAGCAGUUCGACCAACAAAUCGCCUUCGCCCUCCGCCGCCUCGACGACAGCUGGCGCACCCUCAUCGAGAGGGUCGGAAGACCUGUAGACCGUUCCAAGGAACAGCUUGAAAAGUCGCUCCUCGAGCACAAGCAGUUCGAGGAGAGCCUCCAGGCCCUGGAUCCUGAGGUGGCCUCCUUGAAGUCGUUGUAUCAACAGUUGAACGACCCCACAACAGCACAGAGGCUAAACCACGAAAAGUUGGAUGAUCUCUGGGAGAACUUGUGGGAUUUGGCGAAGAUGUACGUCGCCCGGAUCAAGGUGCUGGAGUCUGUACUGCUUGGUAUUGAGCAGUUCUCGGAUAUUGUGAAAACACACGAGGUAGCAUUGUGUAGUCAGGAUGACCUCCCCGCUGAUGUGCCGGUUUUGACGAGAGAACACGCCGGACUCGUCGAAAGGAAGAUGAUCCUGAACCAGCAGCAGUCGUUGCUGGAUGCGCUGAACCAAAAAGUUGCACAUCUACGCCAGCACGUCAUCAGAACCAGAAGAGACGUAUCGUCACACCCCGACGUCGACAGGGUAGAAGAAGAUGCUCAGCAGCUGAACGUACGCUGGGAUAAUGUCGGGAAUCAAGUUGUCGAUCGCCUGGAUACACAGGAGAGGAACCUGCAGCUCAUGCUUGUGUUUAGGACCGAGAUUGAGCACGAGUUCAGCUGGCUGAACAAGGUGGAGCGGACGAUAUCGGAGUUGCGACGGCCGGAGGAGCUAUCAGCGGAUCGGAUACAAGACCAGCUCGAUGUUCUCGCCGCCGAAUAUUCACAACUUCAAGAACGUACCGUGCAAAUCGAGCACUUGAACCGCGAGGGCGGCAAGUACAUUCGGGAUGCAAAAUCGCACGAUUUACGGCUAGAUCAGUACAUCGAUUCUGUGACGCGAGUCCAUGGAUCAGGAAUUCGGGCCAGUUUUUCGAGAUCUGAGCCCCAGCCCAAAAAUGGAGCACGAACUAUCUCCGAGGAGCUCGACCAGUUGAACAAACGGUUUGCUCAGCUCUGCUCCUUAAUUCUAGAAAAACAGAACAAGGUCCAAAUUGUCGUCCAGACCUUCAAACGAAAACAACAGGAAGAAGCCGUUCGGGAGUGUCUAGAAAAACAAAAGGAGCUGAACUCUGCCAUUUCCGAUCUCUCCAACUUCGAGCAGACCAUCUACACCACCAAGCUCAACAUCCAGCUUGAUCAGCAACGACCCGAAGAAGGUGUACAGGGCAUUGAAGGAGUCAAGGCGUCCCUCGACGAGUGGGCGGCCCGUGUUCGUCAACAGCUCGAAACUGCCGAUCGCCUAUGCUCCGAACAAGCUGAUCAACUACCGCCCGAGCAGUACGCACUGCUGCGCCAAAAACGUGACCAACUUGCCGAGACGUACGAAGCUACCGUCAGAAACGUAGAAGGAAUUUACGAUCGUCUCCACGAAGUCACUCGCCUACUCAUCGAAUUCUCCUCCGAGUCGUCGGCCGUCCAGUCGUGGAUCACAGACGCAACGCGACGAGCCGGAGAUAUCAAGGCCGAAUCGGCAGACCCAUCUCAAGUAGCCGAGCAGCGACAACGAACCAAACAGCUCCAAGAUGAGGUUGUGCCCGGGGAGGCCAAGCUGAAGAAGAUCGGGUCUAUCGUCGCGAAAAUUGAAGCAGAACUGGCCGCCAUGCAUGAAAGUGCGCCCCAGAUUCAGGUGGCUGGACUCAGCGGCGAUGAGGUGAAGCGGACGCUCUAUCGAGUGGAAGAUGAUUACCAUGAGCUGCUUCGGCAGUGUCAGGACCUCGGCUCCUUCCAGAAUCGUGUCGCCGCCCUGGGAAAUGACCUCAACGAGCGUGCCGGCCGAGCUGACAAUUGGCUCCGAAGCCUUGAAGAUCAACUCAACGAGCUUUUCGGCAAGGGAAGACCAGUAGAAGAACGACUUCGAAUGGCCGACGAAAUGAAUCGGCGAGUGGCAAAUGAACAGUCACGACUCGAUGAUGCUGAACAGGCCGCAAAGAAACUCCUUGGAGUCCUGGAAGGAAUGCCAGGGUACGAGGACGUCAAGGAGAAGCAAGAGCGCGAGCAGUCCGAGCGUAGAAGGCGCCAUAGCUUCGUUGUUGAGCAGCUCCAGAAAGCGAUGAACGAAGCAACGGCCGAACAAGCUAUAGCCGAAGGCGUACGCGACGCUGUCGAGGGAUUGGUCAGCUGGGCAGAUGAUUUGGCCAAGAAGUCCGAGCAAUCCAGAGCAAUUCCGUUGAAAGAAGAUACGCUAGCAGCGCUCCGGAAUGAAGAUCAUCUACUGAACACGGAAGCUGAUGCUAAGGGAGCGUUGGCUCAGCAGUUGGAGACGGAGGUUCGGAAAUUGUCGGAUACGAACCCUGCGUUGGCGAAGCACGUCGAGGGCCAGUUGGCCGAGGCGAAGCGAAAGUUGGGGAAGGCCAACACGGAGCUGAGAGGAUUUAGAGAUAAUGUGGAUGAUGCGAUUGGAGGGUUGAGAGAUUUGGGACAUCGCACGGAGUUGAUUGGACGGCACAGUGAUGCUCUGAUGGGACAGGUAAAACCAAUCCCGCCCAAAGAUCAACAACGGCUUGUCGAGGCCGAGCAAGCUGUUAAAGCCCUCGGCCAAGAAGCCAUUGAAGCCGCUACCGUGAUGAAUCGCCUCCUCUCGAUUCCGCACGUCACCGACACGGCCGACGCAGAGAAGAUGAUGACCGAAGCUGGGGCUAAGGUUGACGCCGUCGCGGAACUUGUACAAGAUAAGCUCAGAAAAGCCAAGGACCUCGACCAACUCGACAUCGAGUUCAACGCCAAGAAGGCCGAAUUCGAAAAGUGGCUAAAUCGAGCUGAAGAUGAAGCCGCGGCCAUUGGGCCGUUGAAGACGAGCGCGGAGGAGUUGAAGGAGCAGAAGAAGGAGUGCGCGGAGCUGAUCGAUCGACUGCCAGAAGGGCAGCCCAAUUUGGAGGCGUUGGAGAGGAUGUCGAUGGCUAUUGCGGAGUUGGAGACGGUUCCUGGAAGCCGCGCAAGCAGCGUCCCACGCAACGUCAUGGACCUGCGCUCCCGCUAUGACCAGCUCGGCUCGUCGCUCCAAGACCGCAGCGACCGCAUCGGCGAGCAGCUCGACAAGACCGCACAGCUUGAAGGCCAGGCUGAAGCAGUCCAUCGGUGGAUCGCCGAGCAGCGAGCGAGACUAGCUAAUGAGCUCCCCCUCGAACUCAACGACAACGCCGUAAAAGCUGCACGCGACAAGCUGGAGAAGAUCGAGAAGGAUUCACGCCAAGGUCAACGGCAAAUGGAUGAAGUUCGAAUGCAGGCUCGAGAACUCGCGCGCACCAACGCCGAAGCCGGGCGGACGAUUGGACAGCUCGAGAGGGCUUUGGACCUCGAAUGGGAGGCGCUGCAAACUGGGCAAGAUGCCGCGCGCAAGCGGAUAGAUCAGGCGGAGAAGGUUGUUGACCGUCUUGGUCAGCUCGAUCGGUGGAUUGGGGGCAAGCAAAGGCUUGUUGAUGCUCUACCGGCACCGUCGACGGAGCCACAUGAGGCCAAGGGGUUGAGGAAUCAUAUUGAUAUGUUGAAGCUUGAUGCCGACAACGAGCAGUCCAGCCUCGACCAAGUCUCCAACCUGGCCGAGAAGCUCCUCAACGAAGCCGAGAACGAGGCCGACAAGGAGGCCAUCCGAAACAGGAUGGAGGAGCUGAAGAAAAGGUGGGGCUCCCUCGGCCAGAGCCUCGAUUCUCGUGACGAACAAGCCCGCAGCGCCGCACAUCUUGGAGCUGAUAUCCAGCAGCUGGACCGCCAGAUCAAAAAAUCGCUACACGACCUCGAGCGUGAAGUCGAUGCGGCUAGCCGACUCCCCUCCAACGAGAUCGAGAAACAGCUGGCCUUGUUGGACUCGUUGAAGCAGAGGGAAGGAUCGGUGGAAGAACUCAUCGACGCCCUUGCCGAAAAGGAAGCGGAAGCCGGCAGCAUCGGCAUAGACGCCGGAAACCGUGCGGAAAUUGCUGAUAUCACCCAGGGGAACAGGACGAAGGCUGCUGAGCUUGACAAGAAGAUCGACUCGGUAAAGCAGGCGGCUCUGACAGUGCGUGGCGAGGGUGACGCUCUCGAGAAGCGGCUGGACGCCCUGCUUGGAGACGUGCAGCUGGCAGCUCUAGAAGUGAAUAACGCGCCUCCAAUCUGCGCGGACCCCACGAAGCUGGCGGAGGCGAUGGGACGGUUUGAGAAGGUGUACAGCGGAGUGCUAGGAAGGGAGGGCGACGUCAGCCUGGUCAGGGCCAAGGUGCAAGAGCAGUUGCUGAACAACCCGGAAGCCAAACCAGAGCUUCGGGCAAAGCUUGACCGGCUUGACAAGGAGUGGCCACCACUUUUGGAGGCGACUAAGGAGAAGAGAAACGCUUUGGACAAGGCCAACGAGCUGGUCAAGCAGUUCAAAGACGCCGAGAAGACGUUGAAGCAGCAUUUGGAAGAUGAGGAAAAAGAAUUGGCCAAGGCCAUCGAGGCGGCACUUGGAGAAGAUAAUCCGACAGACGCCUUCCGACCCCUUGAAGCUUCGAUCGAUCGCAGAGUGAACGAAGCUGAAGCCCUGGAUGGACUUGCUGAGAAGAUCGAGAAAACCGCUCCCGGACCGGAUGCCCGGCACCUGAAACGUGGAGCCGAAAACCUGCUUGAUGACGUCAGAGCUCAUGGGAAGAAGGCGAGAACGGCACUGCAGGUCGCCCAGAAAAAGGCCGACCUCCACGCGCGGUUCAAGCGAUUGGCCGAUGAAGCCUAUGGUCUUUGCGCUGCCCGUGAAGCUGAUCUUGAUAGAGAUCAAGGGCAUUUGAAUCGAGAACGGCUUCAAGCGAAACUCUCUGAAGUCGAGGCGUACUGGGCAAAGACGGGGCGCGAGCUGAAGCAGCUCUCCGAUGAGUUGAGCACGAUUUUGCCAGAAGAGCAAGCCGAACAGACCCGCGAGACGGCAGAUGAACUGGAGGGGCUGUUCGAGAACUUGGUGGACAAGAUGAGAUCCGUCGACGGCAAGCUGGCCGAAAAGAAGGACGAAGCCGAGCGCGCACGCGAGAAGACGAACCGCCUGGCGACGAGGCUAAACUCCUUAUACUCGGACCUCAACGACCUCGAGCCGAUCGGGCGCAGCGCAGAGGAGCUGGAGCGUCAGCGCGGGCAGUGCGAGGAGAUGGAGUCCGAGCUCGGCGAGCGGGACAAGGAGCUGGCUGAUGUUGAAGCACUUUGGGAGGCCGCGAUCAAACACGAUGCCAUCACGCCCGAGCAGUUCGACAACAACCAGCAGCAUGUCGACGACUUGAAGAGGCUAAUCGGCAAGGGCAAACGGAAGCUCGGCGACCGCCACAAGAAGAUCAACGCCAUCGGUGAGGAGGUGGCCAGGGUGGAAAGCGAAGCCAAUGCGGUGAUCAACGACAUUCAUCAGUUGCAAGAGUCCCCGGCGCUGCAGAGCGAUAAUGGACUUUCAGAGCCGAAAGCUCAAGCCGAGGCUCUGCGUCAACUCAAAGAACAGCUAAAACCGACAGCCGAACGAGCUAAAGCCGUCCAGGGUGAAUGCAAGGCGCUGAUCAAGUCUGCGGCUCCUGAAGCUGACACCAAGCAGCUGAGCCAAAUACUACAAGACGUUUCCAAGGCCCUAGGCGAUGUCGAUGCUCAGAUUGGCGCCCGACAGCUCGCUGUUGAUGCCGCCGUGCAGCAGAUGGGCAGCUACAACGAUGCGCAGAGGGACCUCCAAAACUGGCUCGAAGAAACCGAGGAGCUAGUCGACAACCAGAAGCUCCCCUCAGCAGACGCCAAAGUCGCUCGUGCUCAACUCCAGAGCUAUGAUGUCAUCCUGAAGCAUAUUGAAGACAAGCAGGCGUCAGUUGAUGGCUUCCAGCAGAUGAUCGGCAAGCUGGCCGCCCUCACUUCUGAUGCUGACGAGAAACGGGCGCUGUCGGCAAAGGCUGACGAGAUUACCGGUCGAUAUGAGGAACUGCUAGAUGGUGCGCAACGCGGCCAAGCACGUCUACGAGACGCUGUAGAUCUGGCGGAGAAGCUGGGGAAGGAGCUCGGACCGUUCGAGCAGUGGAUAGGGAGCACGGAGAAACGCAUCUCCCAACUCGGUAAACUUCCCACAGACACCGAACGUCUCGUGGCCCAAGUCCGAGACGUUGAGGCCAUCCAGGACGACAUCGACGGCAAGAUCGAAGCCGUUCAGAAGCUCUGCCAGCUCGGUCCUCGCCUCGCCGCCCUCGUCAGUGUCGAAGAAGCCGGGGCGCUUGAAGCCCAACUUACAGCUGCAACCGCAAAGCAUGGACAACUUGCCGACAGAACUGAACAAUGUCGAAUCGGGCUCGAGGCGAUGGCCGAGCAGGUGUCGAACUUUGAACAAGACGUCGAAGCGUUGGCUGAGUGGCUGACAGCUAUAGAGCAGGAUAUGGCUGAUGUUGAGGAGCUGCCGAUCAAUCCUGACGAGUUGUUGGAGCAGACAAAUUUGCUAUCGGAACUUGUCGAAAACGUCACUGAGAAAGACGCGCUCGUCUCCAGCGUCUGCCAGGUUGGGAAGGAGUUAUGCCGAGAAGCGGCUGCGGAAGAUGCUCUUGCACUGCAGGCCCACGUCGAGAAGUUGAAACACCGAUACAUCCGAGUGGCUGGUUGCGCAGAUGAAAAGCUGGCCCUCCUCACCCGAGCCAUCCCCCUGUCUGAUCAAUUCCAUGACGGAUACGACGGCGUGAUGGCUUGGGUUGAAGCAGUCGAAGCCGAUCUACACCAAGCUGAUGGCUUCGACAUUGACACCCAGCAGCAGUUGAUCCACUCGUUGGAGAUUGACAUUCAGGAAUGGAGACCCGAGGCGGAAGUAGCCAUGCAGCUGAGCGACGAAGUCUCCCAACUCUGCAAGGAAAGAACAGAAAUUCUUGGCCAAACCCUCGCCCACGUUGACGAGAUCGGCCAUUCGUUCGAGGACAUGAACCGCUGGCUCGAUGAGGUCGAGCGAGACCUAGCCGGUCAGCCAUCCGUCACCACAGCAACGCCUUCGCAUGAGUUGGCCAAGCAGCAGCAGCACAACUUGGAACUCUCCGCUGUCAUCGCUGCCCAAACCCCCUUGGUCGAGCGCUUCGAGUACAACGUCAACUCCCUUGCCGAACUCGUCGGCCCGGCCGAUGUCCAAGCUCUGCGCCAAAUCUACGAUCAAAUUGUUGGCCGCUACAAUGACGUGAAAAACCAAGUGAAAUCAAGAGGAGAAGCCAUUGACAGUAUUCUGGAUGCGACAGAGGCAUUCGGCGAUCGUCUCGACGUCUUUUUGGCGACGCUGGAAGGAGCCGCAGAAUCGCUACGUCAGCCAGCAGCUGUGUCGGCAGAUCCGGGAUUGCUCCAGAAUCGCAUUGCGGAGAAUGAAGCGCUUUUGGACUCGUUGAGGGAGAAGGAAGCCGCCCUCGACGCGAUGAAGGAACGAGCAAACGAGCUGCUCGCCAGGGCACAGCCAGGCGAUGCUGCCGCUUCAGAAGUGGCCGCCAAGAUCCAGGCCCUCGAUCAGUUAUGGGGCGAAAUCGGAAGAGGUGCCGAGAUGCGCGGCGCGUUCCUCAACGACGCGCUCGCCAAGGCGCACCAAUUCUGGGCCGAGCUCGACGACUGCCAGAAGGCCAUCGACGACUUGAAGGCCCGCCUCGAGACCCUGGAGCCAGCCAUCGGACAACCAGAACGACUACGCGAGCAGCAACAAGGCCUCACCGAUAUCGAUGGGGCACUCUUCUCCGACAAGAGCCUCCACCUCGGCAAGGCCAUGGAGGAGGCCAUGCAGUUCCACGACGACCUGUCGGCGCUGCACGAGUUUUUGGAGGCUGCUGAGCAGCGCCUCCACUCUAUGGGCCCAGCCGAAAACGUGGCCGUCGAGGAGAUCCAACCCAAGCUCGAGGAGCUCCAACUUUUCCGAGCCGAACUUGACGAUCACGCCGUGUUGAAAGAAGAAGUCAACCAGAAGGCACACGGCCUGACAAUUGGCCGUCCUGCGCAUCAAACUGCCGCAGUGAGAGUGCCUAUCGCCGAACUCAACGGUCGAUGGUCCAAACUCUACGGCGACAUUGCCGACCGUGAGCACAAGAUCGAGAGGGCCAUGCUCGAGAUGGGACGCCUUGGCGAAGCCCAACUCGAGCACGCGCAAGGGGAGACGGACUCAUGGCUGGAGAGCGCGAAGGAUCUCGAGUUCUGGAUGGCCGAGAUGGGGAUCAGACUCGACGAGGAGGCACCCGGAAGUGCUAACCAUCAGAAGCUGCUGGAAUGGAGGGACGAGGCAAAGGAAGCCCAAGCCGAACUCACCGCCAAACGCCCGGAAUACGAGGCGAUCGAAGCCGCCGCGGACGCGCGCGCGGAAGCGCUGCGGAAGGCGAUGGAACAAGCCGAAGACUUUGACGCGAAGGCCCAUGGGCUGUUGGCUUGGAUGGACGGGCUGGACGACAGGUUGAAGGCCGCCGGAAAGGAGCCCAACCUCGACAAGGCCAUCCCCGCCGCGCAGGCCGUGCUCGACGAGUUGAAGGCAGAGGAGGCCAGGAAAGAGGUCGUGCUCGCUCGAGGUCAAGACAUUCUCCAGAAAGCGCAUCCGAAUGCCGAGCAGCCGAUGCGGCAUUGGAAUCGACUGCUGGCGGCUAGGUGGAAGGAAGUCGAAGAUCAAGCCCUGGAAAAGGUGGCCGACCUCAAGGAGCAGCGCCAGAAGAGCGAGGAGCGCGAGAAGGCCAUCAAGGAGCUGAUCACCUUCGUCACCAAGAAGCGCGGUGAGCUGGGCGACAUGAUCGCGGCGCCGACGCCUGAAGACUUGGAUACGGUAGACCGAAUGCUGCAGGACUACGAACUGCUCGACUUUGAGCUGCGAGAGAAGCAGCCGGAUGUCGAGGAGACGAUCCAGGGCGGCCAGAAGGAUAAGAACCCUCGUGCCUCUCAACUCUCAGAUGAGUGGAAACGAGUGUGGCUCGAUGCGAUGGGCCACAAAAACGCGCUCGACGAGGCCAAGGAGAUGCUAGAGGAGAUGAAGCGGCUGGAGGGAUGGGAAUGGGAGGAUUGGAAGGAGAGAUACUGCGACUGGAACGACCACGCUAAAGGGAGGGUGACAGAUCUGUUCCGCCGGAUCGACCGGACAGCCACCGGAAAUGUGCCAAGACAGGCGUUCAUUGAUGCCAUUAUCAAUAGUCGCUUCCCCACCUCACGACUCGAAAUGGAAAAAGUGGCCGACCUGUUCGACAACAACGGCUUCAUCAACCAUAAGGAUUUCACCAACGCCCUACGCUUUGAUAAGACGCGUCGCGUCGAGCCUCGUACUGACGGUGAGCGGAUCGCGGUUGAGAUUGAGCGCCAGGUGCGCGGAUGUUCGUGCUGUCAGCCUUACAAGAUUGAGAGGAUCGCUGAAGGACAGUAUCGGUUCGGCGAUACUCAAAUCAAGCGGAUGGUACGGAUAUUACGUUCGACGGUGAUGGUUCGAGUCGGAGGAGGAUGGGUGUGUCUCGAGGAGUUCUUGAAGAGCCACGAUCCGUGUCGGGCGACGAAACGCCGUAACGAUGUGCUGAACAACCUGCGUGGCAGCAACGAGCGCAUCAUCCGCGACAGCAUGGAGAUGUUCACCAAAAACCGUCAUGCUCGCUUUGGGUCUUCAGAUUCUGAGCCGCAAUUUGCGGUGCCGGGACCGAUUAUUAAGAUCAGAGAAAAAACCGAGCGCAGCAUGCCAAUGUUCCCCGGACAACAUCGCCCGGGCGGCUCGGCCCAUUCCUCGAAUUCCCGCCUCCGAACCCCGUCCGACGUCUCGCUAGGAGAUUCCCGAAUCGGCAAAGGAUGGCCUGGGAAUUCUCCAUUUGGGUCCCAGCAAUCGCUGGAUAAGGGGAGCCGACCGCCAAGUAGAGCAAGCGAGAGUGGACCCGAUAAGCCGACGAGGAUACCUUCGUUGAGAGGAAAGAAGGGAGUACGAUACAACCCGCCACGCCAGCUC